CCCACCAAGGUUCCCACCGAAUAGGACAGCGCGACUGCGUUCGAGAGUCGGGCCGUCUUCCGCGCACUCCGCGCCUGGACAUGCGGCCAGGACGAGGACGGCGCCAAUGUUUGCCAAUUCCUAACGCCACAUGCGGUGCUCUGUGUUGGCGCGUGCCGGCCAGGCUGGGCCCGCCUGGGCCAGGCAGUCAUAUAAAAGUCACAGACCGUGGAAACAAAUCAUUCGUCUCCUGUCUGCAAGAGAAGAAACUUCCCAACAUGUACAAGCUGGUCGUCCUCAUGUGCGUCGUGGCCGCGGCGUCGGCCGGAGUCAUCAGCCCGGUGGCGUACUCCAGCCCCCUGGUCGCCGGCCCCGUCGCCUACUCCAGCCCGGUGGUCGCCGCCGCCCCCGUCGCCUACUCCAGCCCCGUCGCCUACGCCGCCAGGCCCGUCGCCUACUCCAGCCCGGUGGUCGGCGCCCCCGUCGCCUACUCCAGCCCCGUCGCCUACUCCAGUGGCGUUGUGAGGGCCGCCCCCGUGGCUUACUCUGCCCCGGUCGUCGUGGGCUAGACCAACUUCACCACCACCAACUCGCCAUUUAAAUUAAAAAAUAAAUCUAGUUUUUUUAUCAA